ACAGAUUAUAGCUCUCCUCCAUCCGCAAUGCUUCUUAAGAAAACAACAUCAAACCGAUCAUAAUUUACGCGGAGUUGACUAAAAAUAAUAAGCCAUGCUGACCAGUUUUAUAGAGGGUCUUCUCUGCUGCCUCACCUCAAAGUCAACCAACGUGGUCGUUCCAGUUGAAACUUCCGAACCAGCUGACGGCUUUGAGUUUGUGGAGGUGAAACCAGGCCGUGUCCUUCGAGUUCGACACAUCAUCCCCGAACGACCGGUGGUGGAGGAACCCACGGGACAAGGCGGGAGUUACAGCUGCAAACGAAAAAUCACAGUAUAUCGUAAUGGACAGCUUUACAUCGAGAACUUGGGUGACAGGGCGAGUGGUGAGACAAAACACUAUCAGAAUGGGGACACAGAACCAAACAGCACUGUGGAGGUUGAACUGACAGACAGUGCAGCAGGAGACACUAGUGCACAAAUGGAGCAGUCGCAGCAGCCUAGGAGGCGCAGGCGGAAACCGAAGCGCACUGUGAUUAUUGACUGUGAGAGGAAGAUCUCAGCCUGCAAGGGGACACAUUCAGACGUGGCUCUUUUCUUCAUUCAUGGAGUUGGGGGCUCACUGGACAUCUGGGGGAGCCAGUUGGACUUCUUUUCCAGGCUAGGUUAUGAGGUGAUCGCCCCAGACCUGGCGGGGCACGGAGCCAGCUCGGCACCACAGAUAGCUGCUGCUUACACUUUCUAUGCCCUGGCAGAGGAUAUAAGACUCAUCUUUAAAAGAUAUGCACGCAAGAGGAAUAUUCUCAUAGGGCAUUCUUAUGGUGUGUCAUUCUGUACCUUCCUGGCCCAUGAGUUUCCUGAGCAAAUUCACAAGAUGGUGAUGAUCAACGGAGGUGGUCCUACAGCUCUGGAGCCCAGCCUCUGCUCCAUCUUCAACCUGCCCACCUGUGUGCUUCACUGCCUCUCCCCCCUGCUGGCCUGGAGCUUUCUCAAGGCUGGCUUUGCACAGCAGGGUGCCAAAGAGAAGCAGCUGCUGAAAGAUAACAACGCCUUUAAUGUGUCGUCCUUUGUGCUGCGUGCCAUGAUGAGCGGGCAGUACUGGCCUGAGGGGGACGAGGUCUACCAUGCUGAACUCACAGUGCCCACCCUGCUGAUACAUGGCAUGCACGACAAGUUCGUCCCAAUCGAGGAGGACCAGCGCAUGGCAGAGAUCCUUCUAAUGGCCUUUCUGAAGGUCCUUGAGGACGGGAGCCACAUGAUCAUGAUGGAGUGUCCCGAUGCUGUAAAUACACUCCUCCAUGAGUUCUUCCUCUGGGAGCCAGCCACCAUUCCUCCACCAAAAAAAGAGACCAAAACACGCCCAGAAACCGCCAAAACCCAACACGACAGCACAAAGGCAACUGACCUUGCCAAGGUCCGACCUGCCACCGCUCGGCAGGCUUCACCAAACUGCAUCAAAGAGGAGAGGUCAGGCAGCUAG